AUGGCGGUCGGGCUUACAACGGUGCUCUUCCUCCUCUUCAUCACGCAAGUGGUUGGGACCGUUCACGGGGUGGUGUAUCUCAGUCCCAGCCUGCAAAAGCAAGAAUCCUACCACCAAAUCCACUGGCGAUGCAACAACACGGUGAAGAUCGCCAGCCGGGACAGCAAGGGGAAGGUUUACUACCCCAACAGCGCCUACAAGGGACGCGUGGAGCUCUUCCCCAACAACACCCUAAAAAUCAGCUCCCUGCAGAAAAGCGACAGCAACACGUACUGGGUGUACCUGGAAGACGACGUGGGCAAGGAGCACAUUGAAAACAUUCUCCUUACAGUGUAUGAUCUGGUUCCGAAGCCCACUGUGAAUGCCAAAGUGAUCAGGGGUGGCUCACCCUUGUGCGAUGCCAUGCUGGAAUGCUCAGUGGGGCUUGAAGGGGUGACCUAUGAGUGGAUCCGCCUCAGCAAACCCCCACUGCAGGGUCCGGGUACCUCUGAGUGGCAUGUCUCCUUCGACCCCUCGAUAGAAGCCUACAUCUGCAAAGUCAGCAACCCUGUUUCCUCCAACAAUGCCACACUGACCUACAGGCACCCCUGCUCCUGGACAGGUGAGUCCUCCGCUGCUGCAUUCUGCACCACCACCAGCGUGUUGGUGGCCCUGGGACACCUCCUCCUCCUCCUCCUCACUCUGGCUUAA